UCGCGUUAAACGAUUUCUCGUCAUUUGAGGUCGUGCGUCUAUGCGGUGGCACAUAUCAGAGCCCUUUGGCUUACUCUAUCGCAUAAAUGAUCGCGGCCUUUGGCUUUUUAUUAUGCGUUAACACGAGGGAUGUUUACAAACUGUAGCGGAUUUUCGUUGAAACGAUUUUUAGCGAGAGUUUAAAAGGUCUUAAAAGGGGCGCGUUUUUCCGUGCCCUCCGGGACUCGGCUUAAAGUUUGAUCUGGCUUAGGCCUGCUUCACCGACAAGGCUAUUUCGAGGCUUAUCGAGACCUACGAAGCAGGCAGUUGCUUGAAAACUAAUCCCCAGAGAUAAUCAAUUCAAGAUUUGAUCUAGACUUCACUUAUAUCCCCUGGCAAAGAAGAUCAGUUACAAACUGCAGGACCGCGCUGCACAGACGUCUGGAGGAGACAGCUAUGGAUUUCAACUCCUCAAACGCGAGCAUUAACGGCCAUGAUUGUCCUCAGAGGAGAGAAACUCAAGGAGAGAUUGCCGCGAAGUUUGUCGCGUACAGCGUUGUACUUGUGGUCGCGCUGAUGGGAAAUGUACUGGUUAUUUGGGUUGUUCAUCGCAGUCCAGGGAUGCGGCAAAAGACCAUUAACAUGUUUAUAGUGAACCUGUCGAUUGCUGAUCUCCUGAUGGCUCUCUUCACCAUCCCUAGGCUACUAAGCGAGAUCGUCAGCGAGCAGGGCAUGUGGCUAGUCACUGGCUUACUAGGUGAAGCGCUCUGUAAACUCACCGUCUUCAUACAAGAGGUCGCGACCGCUGUGUCUAUCCAGUGUGUUGUGAUUCUUGCUUAUGAUCGCUUCAGAGCUGUGGUCUACCCGCUACAUAGCGCUACAAUGUCCACUGCCUCACGCGUGAUCACUAUUCCUGUCACCUGGUUAAUCGCGUGCAUCCUUCACUCGCCCGAUUUCUACACUUACCACCUAGAAGUGUACCAGAACCGAACUUACUGUAUCUACCAGUGGAGUGAAGACCAACAGCUUCACUUCCAGAUCACAAGGAAUUACUACCUGGCGUUAUUCUGCAUCCUGGCACUGCUCCCAGCUGCGCUAUUGGUCGUGUUGUACUCUGCCAUUUGCUACACCUUAGUGAGGCACGGACAACUGGCUAAGAUACGUACGUCUAUCGCUAAUAUGGCUCCUACCGCGUACCAGAAGCGUAAAGAGCAAGAGCACAAUGUGAUGAGAAUGGCUGGCGCAAUUGUGAUAGGUUUCGCAUUGUGCUAUGGCCCGUUCAAUACUUUUGUCUUCUUCAGGAUUUUCGUGUGGGAUUUUUGGAGCCCUUGUGGGAUUGAGGCAAUAAACUUUAUAGCCCCGUUUUUGCUUUUUUCCAACAGCGCAUUGAAUCCAAUUCUGUAUUUCGCGUUCAGCGAGAACUUUCGUCACGGCAUUUGUCGUGUUUUUUCAAGGAAGCCGACCGGGGCGACCUCUUCGAGUAGGUAUUGUAUCGAAGGUAUGAAAAAAGCGCAAACUGUUGAAGAUAGAUUUGUGGAGCUUGAAUUGGACAGCACGUUCCAUCAAACGUAAUCAUCAUAGCGGGAAAAUUUCCGUGGGUAAAACCUUAACGUUUACAAGCCCUAGAAAAAAAGCAAACUGUACUUGAACGAUUCCUGGAGCUUGAAUUAGACAGCACUUUGCACCAAACGCAAUAAUCACUGUCAAGAAAACUUCAGGCGCGGAAAAUGCCUGCGAGAUAAACCAUUGAAAUAAUCUUCAAGUUCGCAUGCCCUAUUUAAAAAAAAGCAGAGUCUUCUUGAAGAUAACUUUGUGGAGUUGGAUCUUAGCAGCACUCCGUGGCUUGUUUUGAUUCCAUUAAAAAGGGUAAAACACUUGAGAAAAGAGCAGAAAUGUAAGAAAUGUGUUCAUUUGUUGAAAGUGGUUUGAUUAUUUUAGAUGGCAAAGACAUUUUCAUCAAACAUGAUGGCCGUCAAGAGAGUGCCAGCAGUUUUGAGUGGCGACGAAUGGAGAUAAAACAAGGGUAGAACCUUCAAGUUCGCAUUCUGAGAAGCUUCUUUUCAGCAAUUUGAUUUAUCCAAAAGAACAACGCUCACCCAAAACAGCAAAUCGACCGGAUAAACCAUGAGAUUUGAUCUAGGGUCCGUCUAUUUAUCAGCUUAAGCCGGAGAAAGAAGAAUUACAAAACGUAAAUUUAUUCAUUUUACACCUGUGGGGUUGAUUUGUAGAUCAUAUCUUAGGAGACCAAACAGAACAACGCAGAUUACCCGUCCGUCUGUGACAGAGUUUGCGUGAACUCCUAUGCUCGCGCAUAACGUCCUAUGGGCGGCAGUAGAUGGAUUAACUUGAACGAGGGCCCCAAUCCACUCACAAACACCUUGACUGGAAAGAAUAAAGUUUCAACUUCUAAACGUUGCCAUGGCAGAUGGUUAUAGAAAUGAAAAGGAAAGAAAAAAUAUUUCUUUCCUGGUCAGUCUCAAUCAUGCUACGGGCAUGUGUUUACCUCAAAUCUAGAUACGAUAGGAUAAAAUACGGAUUUACUCUAAGUGAAUAGCUCGUUAUUUUCUAAGCAAUAUUAAACGCUCUCAUUGUAUCUUCAAUGAAAGCAUUGUACAUGUACAAAAAUUUAAAAAAAGCACUUCGGGUUUACAAAGAAAUGUCCCCAAACUCAAUUUUGAAAAGAGGUGAUGUUUCAAUCUUUAAAUAAUAUCAAGCUUCUGAGUAAUGGACCGAAUAAAGUAGACGCGGGGAAUCACAGGAAAUAACAAUACUAGUGGUGACGGGAGUAGAUCAACGAUGGAUUAAGAUGGAAAAUACCCUAUUAAUAAAUGCAGUUAGCCAAAUGGUCUACUUGCCUUAUUAUUGUACUAAUAUGAAGUUAGCCAAAUGGUCUACUUGCCUUAUUAUUGUACUAAUAUGAUUAAGGCUAACACUUCAUUGUUUUUAAUUAAAUUUUGUACAAGUGAGCAUGACGUCUUCCAUAGAUCGAGAAGUCAUUAAUAAUGUAUUUUUUCUGUUACUUGUAAUAAAUAAUAUCAUAAACAGGAAAAAGAAAGGACUCCCCUGAUUUCUGAAA